UAUUGUCUAUUAUGAUAUCAUAAGGCAUCAUGCGGCUAAACUUCUGUCGAUGAUAAGAUAAAACUUACCGUAAAAAAUAAUUUCAGUCCACAUUUAGUCACUUAUUUAGAACGUUCCAUUAAUGUGCAUAUUUGGAAGAGCAGCUUCAUAGAACAUAUUCCACAAACCAAACGGCUUAUUGCAACAUAAUUACUUAGAAGUUAAUGGACCUAGAUGACAUUUUACCACAAAUCGGUGAAUUUGGUAAAUACCAAAAGCUCAUGCUAUGGCUGAUCUGCUUACCGGCAUGCUUCCCAUGCGGGUUCUGCGCUUUUAAUCAACUAUUUAUGACGGAGGUACCGCCCCAUUGGUGUCACGUACCAGAAUUGGCCAAUUUAACAGUGGAAGAGCGAAAGAAUUUGUCUAUCCCGAGGGUCAAUGGUAGCUAUGCGAGCUGCCAGAGGUACGUGGCUAACUAUACAGCUGUGCUGUCGCAGCUGGGUGAAGAUGAGAUGGUUAAUAACAGUUUAUGGGCCCUCGAAGGGUGCAAGGAUGGCUAUGAGUAUGAUACAAGUGUGGUGUAUUCUAGUAUUGUGUUGGAGUAUGACUUGGUGUGUGACAAAGACAUAUACCCCACCCUCGGAUUGGUUUCCCUGAACUUCGGAGGGCCCUUCGGGGUAUACUUAUUUGGCUACCUAAACGACCGUAUAGGCAGGAAAAAGACUUUUUUCAUAUGUCUCACCACCCUGAUCGUCGGAGGGGUGCUCACCGCCUUAUCCCCCGACUUCUGGUGGUGGGCGGCUGCUAGACUCAUCGUGGGACUUACUAUUCCCGCCAUCUACCAGAUACCAUUUAUAAUUUCUUUAGAACUGGUAGGACCUAACUAUAGAUCAUUCAUCACGGUACUUACUUGCCUAUUUUAUACAGUGGGCUUAAUAAUGCUUUCCGGGAUAACUUAUUUGGUGCGGGAUUGGAAGUAUUUGUCCCUAUUGACCUCAUUACCAUUUGUACUUUAUUAUUUAUACUGGUUUGUGCUGCCUGAGAGCCCCAGAUGGCUACUGGCCAAAGGCAAGUUUGAGGAGGCCUCCACUAUAUUGGAAUCUUUAGCUAAAACCAACGGUAAAGAGCUGCCAACGAGUUUCAAACAACAGUUAAAACAGAAAAUGAUGAACAGACGCACCAGCAGUGAGGAGGAGGCUUUAAAUAAGAAUCAGGGUUUAACUGAUCUCUGUGCCACCCCCAAUAUGAGACUUAAAACCAUCUUAAUUACGCUGAAUUGGUUCGCCAACAAUAUGGUCUAUGUCGGAUUGAGUUACUAUGGACCGUCUCUAGGCAGUAAUCAGUAUAUCAGUUUUCUUUUGUCGUCAGCAGUAGAAAUUCCUAGUUAUAUCGCUUCCUGGCUUCUUAUCGAUAAAUGGGGCAGGAGAUGGCCUCUUUGUAUCUGUAUGAUGCUCAGUGGAGCCAGCUGCAUUGCCACUGUACUAGUUUCCCAAGAUAAUGAAGUGGCAACUCUCGUACUAUUUUUAAUCUCCAAGUCCACCAUAUCAGCAUCAUUUUUCAUUAUUUACCCUUUUGCUGGUGAAUUAUACCCUACAGCCAUAAGGGGCCUUGGAAUAGGAGUUUCCGCCUAUAUUGCCGGAGUAGGCUUGAUAAUAAUACCUUUUGUUACUUAUCUGGGUUCAGAUGUACUAGUGCUGCCAAUAAUAAUAAUGGGAAUAAUCUCAGUUUUUGGGGGGUUGUGUGGGCUGAGGUUGCCUGAAACUUUGCACCAUCGUUUGCCACAAACAUUGGAGGAAGGGGAGGAGUUUGGAAAGAAUUUUACUUGGGGAGACUGUAUAAGGUGUGCCCCCAUUAAACCUUCAGCAUCCAUGGUUGGAUCAUAUGAAGACCUAGAAAUGAUUUCGGUGAAGCCCCUAGAAGAAGAAGUGCCAAUGGAGUCUACCCCUGAACUCAAACGUAAAAUUUCAGUAAAAAAACUGGUGAGACAGCAAAGUAUUAUGGAUACGCAGAAGGCGGCAGAUGGUACAAUGAACAUGACAUAUUGGUUCUGAAUUACCUUUUUUUUAAUCUAAAUAAUGAGAUAUUUGUAAUUAAUUAUAAAUUAAUAAAUUGUAAUAAUAAAUGUAUAUAUAUACAGAAAUAA